AUGCGCGCCAGAGCAGGAGUGCGCUCUGGGGCAUACGAUGUGUUCGGUGGCGGAGGGGUGCUGACCACCAGUCUCUGGGAGGUGUGGAGCGCCGACCACGCCUUCACCACGAGCCCCGUGGCCGUCACCCACACGCCACAGCCCGCCAUCGCCGCCCUACAGCUCUUCCUCAGCGGCCAGCUCGACUUUGCGGCGGUGGACGACGCGCUGCCGCCCGCCGUGCUCCAGUCCCAGGUGGCCGGCGCCGGCGGUCAAUCCGUGGUGCAGCUGCCGAUCGCUGGCAACACGGUGGUCAUCGCCUACAACCUGCCCGGCGCAAACGCCACGCUCGUGCUGAACGGGACGGUGCUGGCAGAUAUCUGGCAGGGCAAGAUCGCGAUGUGGGACGAUGCCGCGCUCAUCGAGCUCAACCCCGCCAUGAACCUGCCCCACGCCAACAUCACCACCGUCUUCGGCACCAACAGCUCCUUCGACGAGACCUCUGCGUUUGCUCGGUCGUUGGGGUCGUUCAGCUACGAUUUUGCCGCGGCCUUCACGGACAUGGAGUCGCUGCCGCCCGUGCUGGAGGGCCGCUCCGUAGGAUUCGUCAGCCCACGGCAGCGCGUCGACCACGUCGCCAUCACGCCCUACGCGCUGACCUACGCGCGCGUGGGUCUGCUCGCCAACACGUCGCUGCCCGCCGCUAUGAUGUGGAAUCGCGGCGGCCGUCUCCUCACUGCCACCACCGCCGGCGUACAAUCCGCGAUGCUCGACGCGCAGUCGCAGAUCGAAGCCGGUAACCUCACGGCCGACCUCUUCAACGGACCCGGAGAGGACAGCUGGCCGCUGUCGUACCUCUCCUUCGCGACGUUCUUCGUCGACCGGACCGGCGGAGGUUCGUGCGUGCCCGUCCAGCAGUUCGCGGAAUUCCUCCAGUGGGCCUUCUCCAACACGCAGGCCAGCAACGACGCCACCGCCGCCGGCUACGCCCCGCUCCUCCCCUCCUACACCCGGCGUGUGCUGGGUUCGUUGAACCGGUUCACCUGCAACGGGCUGGCCGUUCUCGAUACGGUGGCGCUCUUUGGCCUCGCGGGCACGCCCUACGAGUUCUACUCCCGAUGGGCUGUCGUCGUCGAAGAGAUCGACGUGGAGGCCGUGCUCACCGACUCAGUCGCCCUGUCGGGGUUGGGCCACGGCAACGCCGACUUUGCGCUGCUCAGGGGCGACCCGUCCGAGACGACGACGGCCAUGGCUGACGGCGAGGGGCGGGUGGUGCUGCCGGUCGCGGCCUUCCCCUACGUGCCGGCCUACACCCUCCCCGACUCCCCCCUGCUCACCUUUGAUCUCCCCGCCAUCGCCGACAUCUACCUCGGCCGCAUCCAGAAGUGGAAUCACGAGAAUUUGAGUCGUCUGAAUCCGCUGGUGGUGCUGCCCGACCGCUUCGUGCGGGUGGUGUAUCCGGCGUCGGCGUCCGCGUCCGGCGUGGAGACCUCCGCCCUCCACCAGCUCCUCGCCAAGGCCGUCCCACUCUUCAACGCCUCCGUGGCCGACGCAUCGUCCAUGUACUCGUUCGUGGUCGCACUCAACACCUCGGUGUCCACGUCAGACGUGCCAAACACGCUGAACGGGCUGAACGACGGGUUCGCCGUGUGGCCGGCGGCGGCCCUCAGCCCGCAGAUCCAGGCGGGCAACGUCCUCCGCGAGAAGCCCGACGGCGAACAAGUGCUCGUCGAGCUCGAUUUCAACGCCCUCCUCACCACCCUCCUCGACUUCGCCCCGCAGCUCGUCGGCGCACCCGGACCCAACUCCACCGGCGGCCUCUACACGCUCGCCCUCGGCCCCGAUGCAACCGGGUGGCCUCUGGUGGGGAUGGGCGCGAUGGCCUUCCACACCCACCCGACCAAUUUCUGCGCGAGCGCGCGUGCCCUGAACGACUUCCUGUGGUGGACCCAAACCGAUACCAACGCCUUCGACGACGCUCUCGAGAACGGGGCGAUCGUUGCGGGUGUGCUGCCGCAAGUGCGGCGGGCCAUCCUGCGCGCGCUGGCCGAGGCCCGCUGCCAGGGCCAGCCCACGAGCUCGCUCUAUCGGUGCAUCAACGACGGCGUGCUCUGCUCCAACACGGGCACCUGCACCACCGCCGGGUGCUCCUGCCGCAACGGCUACUCCGGCACCUACUGUGAGGAACCGCCGAGCGCGGAUUCGACCGACACAAGCCGUGUGCUCGGCAUCGUGCUGGGCACGGUGGCGGUCUGCGUGAUGCUGUUGAUGCUGGCCGUGGUGGUGCUGGGCGCAUCGGUGUACAAGGCGCGCCAGCGACGGCUGGCGGCGGACCACGGCCAGGGCCUCGUGAUGGCGGCGCUGAACGAGGAGCCCACGCCCGACGUCGAACUCGACACCAUCAAGAUCGAUGGCAUCGCGCAAGUCGAAACCCACCGCUGGAACGGCUAA